UUCGUACCUUGUUCAAUCCUAAAUCCCUACAUCUGAAAAUUUUCUUUCGAGGGUCGGGAACCCUAGAAGUCGCACUUGUCAAAUUAACAAUGGAAGAAUUCGCCAUCAAAGGUCAGGAAUCGCUGGAAACGAAGGAUCGUGAACGGGGUAGCACAAUUUCCGUUGAAGGAUAUGACACUUCGCUUUAUGAGUAUCCUCUCGAACUCGCGUUGAGAAAGCAUUUCGCUUCAUGCGGAAAGAUCCAAUGUUUUCAUAUCUUCAAAGACUUUAAACGGGUUUUCCUCAAGAGUCCUCUGUUCAUUAGUUUUUGGAAAGAAGAAGAAGGGGCCAUAGACAAGGCAUUACAACUUAGUGGAAGUGACGUGGGAGGAUGGAAUGUUGUCGUUAAGGCUGCACCCCGCCCGGAAGGUGACUGUAAUCCUCAUGCGGGAAACCUCUGCCGUCGAGAACGCGAUUUGCUGUUUUCGGUUUAUGAAAUACCUUCUUCGCUGUCUGAGAUUGAUGUCAAGAUCGGGCUGUGUCAUCUUUUCUCUUCAUGUGGAGAGGUCACGGGUGUUGAAAUUUACGCACACAUUGAUAACCAAUGCGAAGCUAUAAUUUCUUUUGUGGGAAAAGGAUGUGUAGACAAGGCGCAGGAGCUAAUGAAUGGACAAAGCAUACAUAGCAAAGAUGGAUGGAAUAUUGCACUUACUAAAGUUUUUCCCCCACUGCCCAAGAGCUUAAGAAAGCCUACUGGCUUUUUAAAUCCAUUAUUUAAGGAUGCUAAGAUUGACAAGGGGAAGCAGAAGAUGCAGAAGAAAACUACGGAGACGAAGAAGAAGCAGAUCAAGAAGAAAACUUUGGAGUAGAAGGCUCUCUCUUUGUUACGAGAAGACAAAUCCCUUCGGUGUUUUUUUUUUCUAUUUAGUUUGUGAUACAAUGCCAACCUUUGUGUGUGUUUUUGUUUUAAAAUAUUUGAGUACAAUGCUUUCUGCCUCAUUAGUAAAGGAAGUUUCUUUUGAGGAAUCUCAAGGUUUGUAUGAAUAAAAUUCUGAACAAGUAUUUUGGUUCCAUCUGAGUUUUGUGUUA